CAUUCUUCACAGCCCCCACCACUAUCCUAUAUCCACAUGCAUUCACAUUCUCUCUCACUAAUCACUAAUACUCAUCACUUGAAAAGCACAAGCAAGCACUCCCAUUGUGUCUCUUUGUCUUUACCUUCUUUAUACUCUUUCUUUCCUCAUUCUUGCCGUAAUUCACGCCACACAGACUCAGGCUCACAACCAAACAUUGCUAUUUCUCGCUACGAGAAAAUUCUUUUCCUGAACAGGCAAGGGACUGGUUAAAGUUUGUUGGGUUGGAGGCAUAGGGAUGCAAAAGGAUUGGUGAUCGCCUAGAGAACUUAUGGCGAAAAAGCAACUAGAUUUCAAUGCGCCACUUUUAUCUGUAAGGAGAUUUUCCUCACCUACACGCUCUUUUGAGGGAGCAAGCAAGAACUCGAUGGGAAAGUCAACCCCUAAUCGACAAAUUUCUCUACCAGUAUGCAAAUCAGAUUUCGAAUUAGGGGAAGUGACAAAACCAGCUGCAGUUCCAUUUCACUGGGAAAAAAUCCCUGGAAGGCCUAAGGGAGAAGGGGAAGGUCCAAUUCACCCUCCAGAGGAACCUUCAAAUACACCAAGGCUUCCUCCGGGAAGGGUAUCAGGUGUCAUCAGAUAUAAUUCAGGUGAAAGUCCUAAGCUCCUUUCUGGGAGAUUAUCUGGUUUCUCGAGAUACAAUUCAGGGGAAAGAUCGAAUGAUCCGAAUAUUAACAGGACCCAAAUUGAAACAUUUCCAUUCAAUGAUCACGCUAGUCUGAUUGAAAAAUUGCAUGAGAGUCUAAAUUCUAGAGGUGAUUCCGAUAUAGAAAGUGGAGACGAUGCAUAUUCUGAGGCACUUGAUAAGUUGUCACUAACAGAAUCUUGGUCGUUGAACUACAGUGUAAGUGGACUGAGCGGAUAUCAGGGUUCGGGAAUAAAACCAUCAGGAACGUUCUCCAUCGACGUGCAAACUAAAGAUUUUAUGAUGAACAGAUUCUUACCGGCAGCCAAGGCCGUUGUGUUGGAGACACCUCAAUAUGUUGUGAAGAAGCAAACGACAGUCAUUGAACAACCAAAACCAGUUAAAAAGGUCGUCUCUGGGGAACGGAAGACUUUAUUUGAGCAAUAUGGUUCUAACAUUAUGUCACGUUACAUUCAGUAUAUGGAGAAUGUGGAAAGUGAAUAUGAUGAUCCGAAAUGUACAGUUCCAGUCAAAAAAUCAGGAAAAAUCUGGGGGAUACUCCCUCGGUUUUGUGUGAAGAAUUCUUUGUGCCUUUUAAAUCCAUUGCCAGGAAUGAAAUCAAAAAUCCAUGCUCCAAUGUCUCCAGCAGGUGAUGUUAGGAGACUGACCAGAAAUGGGCACAGUGGACCCAUCGACAAGAAUGUGUAUCAUGCCAUUUAUAAGAAAAAGUAUCAUUCUGGAGUACUAUCUCGGGACAUGCUAGAUAUUGGAAACAAGCUAAGGAGUGAUUCCAAUCAGUUUUCCUACUGCAGUGACUCUUUUAAACCUGGGGUGCCUUCCUUAAGGCAGUGCAGAAGCGGUCCCAUAUCUCCCUACCGUAAUGAAGCACCAAAGUCUCCAUUUCAUGAAGGUGCAGGAUUUCUUGGUGUACCUAAAGAAAUUGAGAAUCAUAAGCAUAAUGGACAUAAGAUUGCUUCAUCACGCAAAAUGUGUAAGCCCACGCAGGAUGUAUCUAGAAAUCAAAUACAUAAACAGGGAUCGGUUUCUCCAGGUGUUGCUGUUGAGAAGACAUUGUAUGUGGAUGGUCCAACUAAUAGAGAUUCUUCAAAAGAUGAGAAAAUUGUUGAUUUCCCUUGUGAGAAUUUGAAGUCCAUGGAUGAAUGCAGACAAACUGAAGCAGUUAAAUCUUACGAUCAAGAUAAAUCAUCCCCGAAUGUUUCUGAGGGAGGAAAGAGCUUGAUCCCAAAAUUGCGCAAAAGUCAUCCUGUUUCUCCCUAUCAAAAUGAAGCAUCGAAAUCUUACGUUCAUGGACGCAGUGCUAAUAAAAUUGCUUCAUCUCGCAAGUUGUGCAAGGCCUUGCAAGACGUAUCAAGGAAUCACAUGCAAAGAAAAGUAUUGUGUUCUCCAGGUGAUGCUGUUGAAAAAACUUUGUAUAUGAAUGCUGUGACUAAAACAGCAGAUAAAUCAGAUAAGAUUUUUGAUUUCUCUGAUAAGAAUCUGAAGUCCUCGAAUGACAGUAGACGAACUGAAGAAAAUGUUCCUGUUAAAUCUUCUGAUAUAGACACAUCUUCCCUGGACAUUUCAACAGAAGGGAAAAGCCGGAGUCCUAAAUUAUCUGGAUCAACUGAUAUGGUUCUACCAAAUCAAAGUUUUGAUCAAGAAUGCAGAUUAGUUGAUUAUUCAAAAGUUCAUUCUGAUGCAAACUCUAGUGUGAAUAAUAAAGAAAACAUCGAACAAGACAAUCAGAGAGAUGCUGAUUCUCCAUCCCUGAAGUCACCUUUACCCCCACCUUUACCAAAGUCACCCUCUGAAUCUUGGCUUUGGCGAACCCUGCCUUCUAUUUCUUUGCCAAAUCCAUUUUCACAUUCCAGCCAAUAUCACCCCAAGAAACAGGCUCAAAAGGCUAUAGCCAAUGACAACACGUGGGAGACUAUUGUGAAAACUUCAAAUUCACGGCAUGAUGAUGUCCGCUGUUCAGAGGAGCUUAUUCCCCGUGUUACUCAUCUGCUCAACAAAACAUAGAAGUGGACGAGUCCCAACCAGGUUUUGAAGUGAAAUAUUUUUUGGAAUAUCUUGUGCCUUCCAACAUCAGUAAUUUUUCUAUCCCUUAAAAUUGUUUUAAGUGUGAUGUAGAACGAGUUUUGAGAUGUAAACUCGCUAUCAUUUUUUUUUAAAUAUCUUUUUUUAUGUGAUUGUUAGGCUGAGUCCCAGGAUUCUUAUACCUAUUAGAUAUUUGAACAAUUGACCUUUUUUGGAAGAUUUGUUCAUGGUGCUUGUGCACAUACGAACAUUCAAUAGAAUUCAAAAAGUUUCUAGAAUGGAAAAAUGGAUUCUUGCAUUGAUAUGUAUGAAAUAAAGUCAUGGCUUGAUUGAACAUUCA